AUGUUUAUACAAGACUUGUGGGAGUUUGGUUAUGACUGGGAUGACCCUCUUACUGAGGCAGAUAUUGAGAAAUGGAAUACCAUCGUUCAGGAGAUAAGCGACUUUCACUCACAGGUUCCGCGCCACCAUGGAGUUACUUGUGACAAUGCUUACGAUUUGGUCCUCUGUUCGGACGCGUCUAAGCGAGUCUAUGCUACCGCUGUUUACAUCUUGACGCGUCACGCGAACGAUAGUCCAAGACCAACACUGCUCUUCGCAAAAGCGAAGUUAGCUCCUCCAGGCGCGAUCACCAUCCCGCGCAUGGAACUCUUAGCUUGUCACAUGGCAGCCAAGACCGCGAAGAUCCUUAUAAGCCAGUGUAAAAUCAUCCGUCGCGUGCUCGAUGAGUUGAGAGCGGACAACAUCGCCACCGGAUUUUACUACCUGAACACGGACAACAACCCGGCGGACUGUGCCACCCGUGGACUAACAGCCACAGAGCUCCAAGACCAUCUAUGGUGGACAGGCCCAAGCUUCUUCGCGACCCCUUCUUCACAGUGGCCCUGGAAGAGUCUUGAACCAUCAGUCAGUUCGCUACCAGGUGCAGAAGCAGAAGAGCUUAAGGCGGUCACAACCUCGACAAAUACCAUCUCCGAACCUUAUGUAUCCUUCGUGCCUUUUACGCGCACCAACUCGUACAUUAAGCUGAUCCGCGUCACCGCAUACGUCCUUAAGUUUUUGGCUAGAGUGCGUCACCGAGUCGAGACGCGCUGCCAUCGCGAACAUCAGGACGUGCAAUCAAUUUUAGGCACGAUGGAUAUAACACCCGUAGUAACACCAGACGACUUUACGACAGCUGAAUCGCUGCUCAUACGUGAGCACUACAGAGAAGGCCAGCAACAGUUGGACAGUCCGUCUAUGAAGAAGUUUCGCACGACGUGCGACAAAGACGGUAACAUCAGAGUGGAUAGGCGCAUGUCUAACGCGCAGACCGACAAUUCUACUAACCCCAUCCUCAUAUUGUCGGAUCAUCCUCUCUGUUAUAUGUUGAUCAUAGACAGAUCGUACGCUCGAACGGUCAGUCUAGCAGGACCACCCCGAGUAGGAGAAGUAGUGCUCGUCAGACAGGACGCGCAUCGAUCAACUUGGCCAUUAGCACUCAUUCUGGAACUCAACGCUUCAUCUGAUGGCAACGUAAGAUCAGCCAAGAUCCGGACAGCCAAAAAGAAGAUACUGAAACGCUCAAUCAACCAUCUGGUACCUCUGGAGAUAGUGGCAGAUGACGAUACCAUCCCUGAGAGAUCACGAGCACUUUGCAGUAAAGGAUGCCCCUUCUAG